UGUGUUUGAGGUUGGGGUCAGUUUCAGGUAUUUCUCACCCCAUCGAGGGGAAGAGGGAGCCCAGCCUGUUACUGCCUGAGAGCCUUGGGAUCCCUGAGAGAAAAGGGAAAGGAGAGCCAGGGAGCGAGAGAGGCAGGGGGACCAGCACCGUGAGUGGGGAGCAAGUAUGCUGUAAGGAGCACCGUUCAGGGAGGAAAUAAACUGAACUGGACUUGUUUUAAAAAUAGCCUGUGGACCUGAUACAUCUGGCCUGACUGGACUGUACGGAACCAGACAGACAUAACCAGCACCAUGGGAGUCCCGACGGUGAAGGUGUCUUUGGUCUCGUGGCUCCUCGCCUUUCUGUUGUGCGUCCUCCCCUCCCACGCACAGGAACACUACUCUGGUCACCACUCAGGUGAUGAGCACACCUAUGAGGGCUCCUUGGUCGACAGCUAUGAGCAUUCAGGAUACCCACACCCAGUUGAAUACACACCGGAGCCCACUUACAGCUAUGAGGAGGAGAACCACGACCGCUAUGCACCAGACCCCACCACUGUGACCAUGAUAACAGAGGAACCCUAUCCUUACACCACCACUACACAGGAGCCCUAUGAACAGGAGCCCUACUUUGAGGAGUCACUCCAGGCCCCAGGUGGUGGGGAGGCUUCUCAUGGGGAGGAGGGGCCUACAGAUUGUAACUGUGAGCCAGGAGAGCCAGGGUUCGCUGGGUUUGCAGGACCCAAGGGAGCCAAAGGGCCGCAGGGUAAAGAGGGCUUACCUGGGCCUCAGGGACGGGAGGGCUACAAAGGAUUUAAAGGUGUUCGAGGAAGAGGAGGAGACACAGGGCCUGAGGGUGACUCCGGGCCUGAUGGGGAGGAUGGUGCCUCUGGUUUCUCUGGAGCUCAGGGCUUGCCAGGUCCUCCAGGUGAUCCAGGUGAGACUGGGGAGUUAGGGCUAAAGGGUGAGAUUGGCAUGGAGGGACCACGUGGAGGAGUAGGGCUUCCGGGUGGGACUGGUCCAGUUGGUGACACGGGCCCUGCUGGUUCUGCUGGAACAAAAGGCAUCAAGGGAUCCAGUGGAGUAGAAGGCAGACAGGGUCCUGAGGGAGCAGAAGGGGAAAAGGGUCAGAUGGGAGCCCCUGGAUUCUCUGGAGACCAUGGGGAGAUGGGCUAUACUGGGUAUCCUGGGGAGACGGGUGGCAGGGGAGAGACCGGUCCCAAGGGGGACCAAGGUCCAGGGGGCAUGCCAGGCAGUGAUGGGGAGCCUGGAGAGGAUGGUCCUCUUGGAGUUCCUGGGGUGAUUGGUUUUCCUGGAGAGUUUGGACAAAAGGGCACAAAAGGGGAUCGUGGUGUGAGUGGACCUCCUGGCAGAAUUGGAGCUGGGGGCCUUCAAGGAGAGACAGGAGAUUCAGGAGUUCCCGGGAAGCCCGGCCCCAAAGGCCUGCAGGGCCAACCCGGAUCCAAAGGGGAAACCGGGUCCGAUGGUGAGAAGGGCGGGCCUGGAAAAACAGGCUUGAAGGGGGGGAAAGGAGAUAAGGGAAGUUUUGGUGCUCGUGGUGACAAAGGACAGCAAGGGGGCAGAGGUCGUAUCGGUCCUGAUGGAAUCGUUGGACGAGUUGGACCCCACGGUAUCCCAGGCUCCAGAGGAGAGCCAGGUCCAGUUGGUGACCUCGGUGUCAAAGGUGGCUCGGGACCAAAAGGAGUGCCAGGUGCCCCUGGCCCCGGACUGACAGAUGAGCAGGUGUUGCAGUUGUGUAGGGGUGUGGUGACCGCACAGAUCUCCCAGUAUGCCUCAGCCAUCAGGGCCAAGUGUUCUCAGGGAUGCCCCGUUAACAACCGAACACUCAUUGGACCGCCAGGAACCAGAGGACCAACUGGGGAACCAGGCAAACCUGGUAAAGCAGGCAAAUCUGGGGCCAAAGGAGCCAGUGGCCUCCAGGGAGACAUUGGCGUGGAGGGGCAAAAAGGGGCAGAUGGUGAAAGAGGAACGAAGGGUCUGAAAGGAAAGAGGGGUGAGCCUGGUAAUGGUCUCCCUGGACAUGAUGGACACCAAGGCCUCAGAGGGUUGCCAGGUCACCCAGCAGAGCCAAAGAAUGGUAUGGAGGGUCCUAGAGGAGCACGUGGGUUCCCUGGCGCUGUGGGCCAGCCUGGCAUGGCGGGAGAUGCUGGAGUGCCUGGCUUCUGCGAGGCACGGGACUGCAGCAUUCACGCACCAGUGAUGCGCAAGGAGCAGGGCCUGGUGAAGGGACCCCACAAUCUAAGCCCCAAGAUCUAACCCCAAACAGGUGCACCAGGAAGGGAAAAGGUCCACAGAAAAGGGUCCUUCUGAAGAGUUGCUCAAUAGCAACGUUGGUGUUGAUUCUAUUCACAUCUUAGUCAACCCAGGAAUGACAUUUUACAUCGAAUCUGAACUAGAAAAUGACCAAUGUACAGCCUUUUUUCAUGCCUAGUUAAAUGUGUGUAUUUACUGGUGCUGAAAUGUAAUGGUUCCAGGCACUGUUCCAUGAGGUCACCUGUGUUGAAAGGGUUUGGUGGGACAUGCUGGACUGAAGAUGAAACCACCCAAAAACAGCAUUCCACCCAAGCAAGCCUCCUAAUAUGACUUUGAUUCAAGCAUAAUUGAUAACUGUUUUUAAUUUGCUAGGCCUAAGCAAUAUCUUGUGAAUUUAUGCAAAAACUAAAACAUGAAUUCCUCCAGAGAAACUAAGUGAAUGAGCUUGAGAAACUGGCUACAAGAAAUUGUCAGAAAAGGAUAUAAUCAACAAUGCUGUGGAUAUACUGAAAAUAAAAUGAGUUAUGUACAUAAUUUUGUAAAGUAUCGCAAGUAAAUGUACUAUGUUCUGAACUAUCACUGUUUCAGAUAAAUGUUGUCUUACUUUUAA